GGCCCGCGUGGCGUCGUUCGGCCGGCGUCGGGGAGGUGCGCGUUGGGGCCCGUAAUAUUACAGAUUGUUGUUGUUCAAGCUUGCUGGGAUUGGGUGCCGUCAGUUGAGGUUUUGUUUUGUUACCGCAAGUUUGUUUUGUGUUCGUUUCAUUCGCUGUUCCUCAGUAGGCUGGCAAGAUGUCUUUUGGCGGGAGGCCUCCUCCGGCCAUCGAGCGCAUGGUUUCACUAAAAGUAGACAACAUCACAUAUCGUACAAGACCAGAAGAUAUGAGGAGAGUUUUUGAAAAAUAUGGCGAGAUCGGAGAUAUUUACAUUCCACGAGACAGAUAUAACAAAGAAAGCAGAGGCUUUGCAUUCGUGAGGUUCUACGACCGCCGCGACGCGGAGGACGCGAUGGACGCCAUGGACGGCCGCAUGUACGACGGCAGGGAACUGCGCGUCCAGAUGGCGCGCUACGCGCGGCCCAUGACGCCGCCGGACCGGCGCGGCGGCGGCGCGCGCCGCUACCGCCGCUCGCGCUCGCGCAGCCGCAGCCGCAGCCGGGACCGCGACCGCCGCUCGCGCAGCCGCAGUCGCCGGCGCAGCCGCAGCCGCAGCCGCUCGCGCAGCAAGAGCCGGGACCGCCGCACGCGCAGCCGCAGUCGCAGCAGGUCCCCCCGCGACAGCAAGUCCCCAGACCGCAAGAAGGCGCCAGAGGAUAACGAGGCCGGCGAAGCCGAGCCUCCGCAGAACAACGGCGACGGCGGCGAGCCGGCCCGCUCUCGUUCCCGCUCCCGAUCACGCUCCCGAUCAGCAUCGCGCUCCCGGUCUCGCUCCAGGGAGUAGGCGCGCCCGCGCCGGCUGACAGCGGCGAGCCGGGCCGGCCGCGGCGCGCCGGCGCUCUCGGGACGCCUCGUGCGGUGCACGGACUAGGUACUGACGGCAGCCGGGCGGCGGCCGGGCGGGGGCCAAUCGGGGCCGGCCGCGCCCCCGGCGCCCGCCUCCGCGAUUGGCCCCUGCCGCGGCCCCGCCUUCUUUGGUGGUAUCCAUGUGUGUGUGUACGCGGUUUGUGUGUGGAUCAUUCAUUCGGUGUUCGAAUUGCUCAUCGGGGCGCGUUUCGUUCGGUGUUCACGUAGGCUUUCGAGGUCUGGUGUAAAUACAUGGAAAAGUCGCUAGCUGCCGUAAUGUCGACCGGAAACAUCGUUGGGUUCUUGUAUAAAGUUCGUCUUUUUCACAUAAGGGUGUGCUAAGCCGCACGUCCCUUUCUGCCUCGUAUGCUUGCUAUGUGCCUCCAUCCUCCCUUGUCGGAUAGCACCCACUAUGCCCGUUUUCGAUAAACUCCGGACACUAACUUUUGGGAGAUGCUGUUCCCUCGUGUACUUCACGCAUCGUCUGACGUCAUCGCCGUCAUUGUCUAUCCCUUUGUCAGCACCGAGACAAUGUGCUUUGUGGCACCGCCACUGGCAUCGCUCUUGGCGCUGAGCCCUCGCUCUGGCUCUAGUACUGAGCCUUGAUUAGCGUAUCGGUGUUUUUUUUGCGUGUGUGGCUGCGAAUGUCUUCCGUAAUAAAAGCCGUCAGUACCGCCCGUUUAACCA